AUGCUCUUGACGGAUCUUUUUAAUCGGUGCCUACACAUUGGAAUUAUUCCCGAUAUUUGGAGGCCUAUCAGUAUAACGCCCGUACCAAAGAAGGAAUCCACGAAAUUCCGUCCGAUCGCCUAUACAUUCGUCAUGCUGAAAGUUUUCGAACGACUACUUGUACCUUGGAUUUCAACAAGUUCUCCAGCUAUGGGCGUAUCUCAGUUUGCAUACAGACCCCGACAUUCCACGUUGGAUGCCGUAGCAUAUCUUUCUUACUCCAUAACAUCUUCAUUGGAUGCGAAAUGCGAGAAUAUGUGGCCCCUCUUCAUUGAUUACGCCAACGCUUUGGACAGUGUAGACAGAUCAAUUUUGCUUAACCAGCUGCCUGUGAAUGGUGUUCAACCAGCGGUUUGCAACCGGAUAAGCGAGUACUUCGUAAACCGAUCUCAGCUAAACGGUAAAGGUCCCACCUUGUUAGUGAUGGCUGGGACAUUCUACAAGGAGCAAUCCACUCCCCUCUUCUUUUCUCCAUACAUCGAAAUACGUCCAAUUCCCUCAACCUUAUUGGAUGUAAGUAAGCUGA